AUGCUUUCAAACCGUUGCGAUAUCUGACUCUCAAAGUCUCCACUGUGCAGAUCGGCGGUUCCGCGCCGUUGGGCAUUUCCUCUCGUUUUCCAUUGCGUCUAGAACGCGCUGGGUUUUCUUUUCCCCUCCUCCCUUCACAAUGAGUGGCCAAAGAACCGGUAGCACCCAUCAGGCCAAACGCCCGCGACUCGGCGAGCGUACCAUGUUGGCCUGCAUCGGCUGCAAGCAAAAGAAGCUCAAGUGCGACGGACAAAGUCCCAAGUGCCAGAACUGCGUGAGGACUGGACGAGACUGCCUGGUAGAAGACCCCGGCACCGGCUUACAUCGCCCGCGCGACUACAUGAAGUCGCUGGAGGCCCGCGUUGCCUAUCUCGAAGGUCUCUUACAGCAGGCCCGGCCCGAGGUCGCCCUCGAUCACUUUGGUGCCAAUCACGAGGGUGGAGGCGGUCGUGGUCGUGAAGCCAACCAAAACGCCGCCGCCGCUUCUCACAACGGCGGUCACACGCAAGCAACGUCCAUCAUGCACAUGCCAUCUGCCCUCGCCCCGAACCUCCAGGCUCACCCCUCGUCAUUCGAAGACGUGGACUUCUCGCGGGCGCUGCGUGCGCCUUCUCCAGAUGUCGACGACCAUCAUGUCGAUACCUUGUCGUCAGAGGUUGCGUUGCUCUGUCUAAGCGCGGCCGGCCGAGAGCCGCAUUAUUUUGGUCCUUCUUCCGCUGUUUCCUUUUCGCGCAUCGUCAGCGCUACUAUGGGCCUUGCCAGCACUGGCGGGAGCUCGCAGCAUAGCCAUGCAGGCCGGGGGAAGGAUAUCAAUCCGGAAGUCGUCCGAGAGGUUCCGUUGAGGUUACCGUCGCCGACACUGAGGGCAAACUUAUCGGAAGCGUACUUUAACAACAUACAUCCCCAGUACCCAUUUCUCCACAAGCCGACGUUCCAGAUCUGGGAAGAGACCUGCCUCAAAGCAAGUCUCGACGGAGAUUUGAGCAGUGUUAACGGGUCAACGCUUUUUUUCGUCUUGAUGGCUUACUAUUCGAUGGCCUUGGAUCACAUCUCGGCAGUCUUGGACCUCGACAGCCUAGAGUCCAUCCAGGCAAUACUGGCUUGUGCCGUUUAUUCGAUCAGAUCACCUGUUGGCGUAAGCCUAUGGAAGGUCUCUGGUAUGGCUAUACGCCAUUGCAUUGAGCUCGGCUAUCACCGAAGUGCCGAGAGAUAUCACAAAAAUACAGAUGCUUUGACUAAGGAGAUGUCCAAAAGGUGUUUCUGGGUCGCGUAUGACAUUGACAGAGUCGUUGCCUUUACACUAGGCCGCCCAGUGGGCAUUCCAGACGACUCUAUCGAUGUUGAGUUACCACUAGAUAUCGAUGACGAAAAUGUGACUUCAGGAGGACUCUUGUCAGCCUCACGAACAUCCAUCACAGAUCCGCCGACACUCAUGACCGGCUUCAUCCACGCCAUCAAACUAAGGCGUCUGUGGACAAAGAUUAGUGACAACCUGUAUCCCCCCACGACUCGACGAUGCGGUUGCGGACACACAGCUACAAUAGAGAGUCUCCGUCAAGAACUAGAGGAGUGGCGCGCAAAAACUCCCGAUCAGCUAAACUACUCAAGGGCGCACCCACUCUCAGUCUUCACCUCUCGCUCCUGGUUCCAGCUCGCUUACGACCACUCGAUCCUGCUGCUAUACCGCCACUACAUGAUGGGCGGAUCACCCGCAGCAAACCACUCCACGCCAGACGGCGGCGCCGGCCACGGAGGAAACCUCAACGACAACGAAGCCACGGAACGGGUGCUGGAAGAGUGCGCGGUGCGCGCGCGGGAGAUGUGCAUGCUCUACCGCCGCGUCUACCAGUCUUCCUCGGUCCAGUUCACCUGGGGCAGCCUGCACAUCCUCUUCCUCGGCGGGCUGACGUACCUCUACUGCCUGUGGCGCUCUAAGCGCGUUCGGGACUCGACGAGGCAGGCUGAUGUUGUCACGACGUGCAUGGCGUGCACCACCGUUCUUAUCAUCAUUGCCGAGCGGUGGAACCUGGCGACUUCGUAUAGGGAUAUCUUUGAGGCGCUGUCUCAGCGGACGAUUAGCAUGGUUUGUAAUGAUGGGCAGAAACCGGCGGCGGCGGCACCUGGUGGUAAUGCUUCGUUGCCUGCGAUCGGGCCGGGUCCGGGGGCGGAGACGGAUAUGCAUGCUGCUUUUGGUGGUGGUGCGGCGCCGUCGAUGCAGGAUUGGAUUAUGGGGUUGGAUGACUUGUCGAUUCCGCAAGAGUCGGAGUGGCUGGUGCAAGAGUUGCUUCAAGGUGUUCGAGAUUAUUAG